AAAUGUAGACGUUAACUUCCUGAAUAAUCAAUGCCGAAAGAAAAUCUCGUCACACUGUUUCGAAGGACGGAUAGAAUCCAUAUCGCCCCCUAGCGAAAAUAAUGUCCAGACAACUGGCACUGAGUUUUUUUUAUUGUUAUUAACACUGAUCUAUGAAGUCAAUAAUGUCGAAGUCGGCUACAUAAUCUAAUGCGGAAAUCAAUUGAAGAUGUGUCCAUUCUUGCAAGUCAAUUUAUUUACUAACCGAAUUUCCGGAGGCGUGGUCUUCACCAUCAUUGAUUUCACUAGCACCAGUUUCGGGAGGAAAAGCUAUCCAUUUAUACAACUUAACUAGUAACUACAUAUUCGUGUUUGUAGGAUACCCCCCCAAAAAAAAUAAAGCACCAAUAUGUUCAACAGGAUGACAAGCCUUUGGAUGGGUGAUCUGGACCCAUACAUGGAUGAGAAUUUCAUCAAACAAGCCUUCAGCACUAUGGGCGAGACGGCGUAUGGUGUUAAGAUCAUUACCCACAGAGUAACAGGUGGUUCAGCAGGCUAUUGCUUUGUGGAAAUGUCAGACGAAGCCAGCGUUGACCGAUGCGUUCACAGACUGAAUGGGAAGCUAGUUCCUGGAUCAAAUCCGCCCAGAAAGUUUAAGUUAAACUAUGCAACUUACGGGAAACGGCCAGAAGCUGGGCCGGAAUUUUCUGUCUUUGUGGGAGAUCUGUCUUCAGAAGUGGAUGACUACCAACUUCAUCAGUUCUUCCUGAAGAAGUACCCUUCCUGCAAAGGAGGCAAAGUGGUCUCUGAUCAGUACGGUAACUCCAGAGGUUAUGGCUUCAUCAAGUUUGAGGAUGAGAACGAACAGAAGAAAGCCAUCGAUGAGUGUCAGAACGCCUCAGGCCUGGGGACAAAACCAAUCAGGAUCAGCAUAGCUGUGAACAAGAGCCAUAAAAUGAACAGCUAUAACAACCAGAACCACAACUCCUACCACAACAAUUACCAACAGCCGUACUAUCAACAACCCAACCAGAAUUACUACCCUCAGUGGGGCUAUGACCAGUACAACAGCUACAACUACAGUGGGUACGGUCCUUACGGGGGGUACCCCCCUCCAGGCCCCCAUGGGAUGAUGGGACCCCCACCUCCCAUUAGCAUGCCCCCCAUGCACACAGACAUGCAUACUUCCUCAGAGCAAACACAGGAGUCCACAGAUGAGCCUGAAGAAGAGGCAGCAGAAGAACCCAACCCUCACCUGGAUGUGGAUGCACUGAACAAAGAAUUCAUGGAGAGGAGUGAGGAGCUCUAUGAUUCACUAAUGAACUGUCACUGGCAACCACUGGAUACCAUGACCUCAAAAAUCCCUCCUUUUUCCAGUUCCUGAUCUGUUUCAACUUGUCCUAUGAAUUUAGUAUGAAAUGUAUCUUCUCCAAAA